GUCAAGUUCUUCAGGUUUAGAGAAUCUUAAUUGAGUGAAUUAUUGUUCCAAUAGUUCCUUUAUAAUGGCAAAACGUUUACGUUUGGCCUGUGAUCAUUGCCACAAGAGUAAAAUUCGGUGCUCUGGUGGCGAUCGGUGUGCCAAAUGCCGUGAGCUGAAUCUGGAAUGCCAAUAUAGUUAUAUGGCCACGAUGGGCAAACCAAGAGGUCGCCGCAAUCACAAAACACUUCACGCACUUGCAGCUUCUGCCAGCAGAGGCUCACCCCAGAGCGGAAUGUUUCGUGGCAGCUCAACUCCAUCAAUCCCACCGAGCCAAAAAGAUCAUCUGGUUAGCCUCAACCCGCAAUGCACUGGGCCCAUUAGCGAAGACAACGUGCGCGAGAAGUUGGGAAUAAAGGGGAGAGAAUUGUGGGAUCCAAGUGAAAAUUUUCCCAUACACUCACCACCACUAUCUACAAUCAAUGCUAGGGAUGAACUCCUAGGAUCCAUGGACGUCGAUUGGACAAGUUCAGAGUGGCAAUACCUAAGCGAAUUCGACCUUGGAUUCUAUAUGGCGCCCUCUUUGAGCAAUGACGCUGGAGUGUCUUGUUUGCCGCGUAUCACUGAGCAGGCUCAGAUCUCACCGAGUGAUUGCUGCUUAAGCAAGCUGACUGACCACAUCUGUCAACUCGACCAUAUGGAACGCCAGCAAAGUAUGCACUGCGUAGAUGCGACUUUUGAUAAAGCAAUGCAGGUAUCAGCAUGCAUUCAAAACGCACUAGCAUGUCAUUUUUGUCGGCUGAACAGCAAAGUUCUCUUAUUAAGCAUGAUCGUUCUAGAAACCGUCUUGAAUUGGAUCUCAUUCGAGAGCGUCCACAUCCCAGAGAAACGUCACCCUCCUGUCGUUAAUAUCGGGAAAUGGACGUUGCCCGACUCAUACGGUUGUCUGGUAAUUACCUUUCUGACAGCCCGAAUUCUUGACAACAUCGAGACUGUCGUAAAGGGGUUAGGCACGCGGAUCGAUGAAUUCUCCCUGGAGAAGCAAAUACACUAUCAGUCCAUGGAUAUGGAAGCAAUCAAGCAGAGCUGGCUGCGGUUAGAAGCAUCGAUGAAAAAGCUCGUGCGACUCGCCGAAGCAGUUUAGCAUCUUCUACAUAAGGGCGUCUAUUGGCAUGUGGGGAUGACAACAUUUCGUUGAAUGGUAUUCUGUCUUUUCGAACGCUGCAAUUUGCAGAUGAAUGGUCAUUAUAUAACGUCGUUUGAAAUAGGUUCUGGAGUCCUUAAUAGAUGUUAUCGUGCUUGGAUAACCUUCUUCGAGUAAUA